CUCUAGUAAAUUUACUGGUUGAUACAGCACGUGAGAUUUUUUUAAUUUUCUUUUUCUAUUAUUAUUAUCAGGUUUAGAAUUAUCCACAGUUUGGAAAAUGAGUGAGAUAUCUGACAUAGAAUCUUUGAGAAGUGAACAUGAAAGCGAAAUUGAAUGGAAUCUUCGGAGAAUGUUUAUUGAAGCACAUCGUGAAAGAUUUGAAUUACCAAGACUUCUCUGUUUAUCCAGCUGCUUUGUAAAUGUCGAAAUGUACAAUUGUAAAUAUCCCGACCAAGUUAUGCAUCAAUUGGCCGUCCUUACUGAUGACUUUAAAGACGAAUUAGGCAACCACCGUAAAACUGUUCGAGAACGCAUUUUGAAAAAAUUCGAAGAGAAACCAAAGAAGAAGAAACCAAGAGAGGUAGAUAAUGACUCUAGUAGUGAUAAUGAUAUUAUUGUUAGCAGUAUUGGCAAUGCUGAUAAAGCUAACAACAAUUAUACCAAUAACGCAAGUAAUAGUGCUAGUGGGAACAAUAGCUGUCGUAAAAAAAAAUCGGUUAGACGAAAAGAGCGCCCGAUUGAACUUGUCUUAGCAAAUCUUCGCCCCUAUCUACAGGUUUUAAAGGCUCAAUUAAAUAGUGUUAAAUAUCCAGAAAUAAUCAGAAUUUUAUUCUCACGCUAUAAAGAGACUGUACCAACAUUUGAUUUUGAGGUAGAAGAUGAUUCUUGCACAUGCUACUUGAGUUACAAAGAGCAGAGAAUUAGUGAGGGAACAUCGUGCACGAAAAUACAAGCAAAGCAAAUAGCUUGUGAGAAUUUAAUGAAUAGAAUUUUAGAGAGUAGUGAGUCGGACUACAAUAAUGCUAUAGACGAAACAGGUAAAAGUGAAGCUAAUAUUGAUUAUCCAUCGAAUUCAGGAAUAGAGCAAGUCUUAGAUAUAAGUCGUAUUGUGAUCAUUAUAAAUCCCACGUUGUGUGAGGAUCCAGAGAAAUAUCCUAAAGCAAUUCUUCACGAUACUCUAACGUUUAAUCACAUCAAUUAUAAAUGGGAGUAUAGAGAGGGGGAGCUUAGAGGUGUGCGAACAGUGUUGUACGUUGAAGGAAAGCUAAUGGCAAAUUGUUUGAGAUCAAGCAAAGCCUUAGCGAAAACUGAAGCUUCACGUAUAUGUUUAAAUUAUUUUUAUCGUUUUUGUUGGACUGUUGUAGUAAAAAAUAAUAUGUGUGAAGAGGGUAGAAUUGUUGAUCGUGAAACUCUGUUAAAAGAAGUGAACGGGCAAACAACGCUUAAGUCUUCAUUCGGCGAGAGAAUGCUAACAAAUAUGGGUUGGAAUCCCGGUUCCGGCUUGGGGAAAAAUGGGCAGGGCAUACUUGAUCCAGUCACAGCUUCUGGAGGAGUGAUAAAUCGACAAGGGUUAGGUUUAUCAAAUGAGCGAGGUAUAAAGUUAUUGUUCAGAGAAAGAUUAAGUUAUUUAUUGACAUUGUAUGUCGAAGAAGAGAGAGAUGAUUCUCUUAAAUUUUCAACCUCUUUCACGAAGGCCGAAAGAGCGUUCAUUCAUACCAAAGCUGGUCAUCUUGGCCUUAAAUCUACGAGUUAUGGUAGAGGAAAAGGACGUUAUCUAACAAUUUGUCAUAGAAGAACUCCAUCUCAAUUGUUAAACUAUGUUAGAAAUUUAGAUGGCAGCACUGAUAAAUAUGAACUUUUACCUCCUCGUGAUGUUAACUCUAAAUAG